AUGACACAUUAUUGCACCCCUUCCUUCCAACCUCCUACAGCCAGUUCUGUAGUUUUUCGGACGACAAUGACUGAUUUGGUCUCGCCAACCUCACCUGUUUACAAAAUGGGGAGGCUGACAAUUCCACGAAUAAUUCAGCGGUAAGCACUGCUCUUAUACCCUUUGCAACCCGACCGCCAAGUCGUUCGCGAACAAGUCCGCCACUGUCCUUACUCGUCAGUACCCGUGAAAAUGGUUGCCAUUCUCCACAACUUUGUCCUCUUUCUUCACAAAUCCUUGUCAUUCAUUACAGGACUGUUCCGCUUGUUCUUCCGUCUCGUUACUGGUAGAAGGCGAGCAACUCAGAGGUCCGAUACACCUGGAACUGAGGGCCAGAGCUUCUUCACUAUCGUUCAAUUUGCUUCAUCUCAGAACCAGAAAGGGUUGAAGCCUUUCGUGCUGCCAAAGAAUGUCAUCUUGCGGAAGCUUGAGGAUGCCAGGUGUAGGACUACCCAAGGCCAAGAGAUGGUAUCGACGACGAAUCCCAGUGACCCGGAGCUUGGUCAUUGUAAUGUCGUCAAUCUUCGGGGAUCUUCACAACCAUCUCAUCCCCUGUUCGAUCGCCCAGAAUUACCUAUGCCGUCGUUUUCUCCUCCCUCAUCCUAUGCAUUCUUGAAGCGUCGUUCCGAUGAAUAUGUGUUCCGCAGUUCUUGGCCACCUGUCUUGGGCACGCAGCUUCAACCCGGCAAGAACUCGUUUCCCGGUGAUGCAGACCUAUCAACGUCCCUGUCAUCUGCUUCUCUCAAAGUAUGGACCAGUUCUCCUCAAGGCAAACAAUUGUGCUCGCCUACUCGUCCGAACUGCUCCUAUUCGCCGAGUGCAGGAGAGAAUCGGUUCGCUUCUCCAUUUGGCGACAGAGGCAGCACAUACUUUGCUCCAUAUUUCAAGGGUAUCCCUUCUGUCGCAUCUGCGUCGGAUCUACUCGACUUCUCGGUCUAUGCUAGCUCCUCGCGUGCCAACGUGGAUCACUCCUUCGUCAUCGAUGCUUCCGGUGACACCCAGCCAUGGAAGAAACCGAGGUUCAAGAGCUCUACUGUGAUCUAUGACCCCUUCAUUCGAGAGGUGUUCACGCUGCGUCCUAGCUACGGUACACGUACUCCGGGAAGUGGCGGACGCAACUUCCGGAAACUCAUUUCGUCCACACCCCCUUCGUCGUCGAUCUCAUCUGUUUCUGACUGGUCGCCGUCCGGUCUCUUUACGAGUGUGGGUGAACGAACAUCUUCCUCUCCUUGCACGAUGCACACAAGAUCGCUCUCGGCUCUGUGUACGUCCAGUCCUUGUAACCUGCCUGAUACUGCCAGUGAAAAUGGCGGGAAUUACCCUGGCUCCGAUCCAUGUGUCUCUGUCCGGGAUGUAGGAUUCCCUGCGAAGAGCCUCGUUCCAGAUACUGUGUCUUGCCCUGACAUACCUUGUUCUAUCGUUCGUGCCAUUGCCGGUGAGGGUGAAGUUGUCGUUUCUUAAUACUGUAUAGUCGUAGCGGAUUGCGGGUCUGCAUGAUCAUUUCCCAGACGUAUCAAGAGUAGCUAUAUAACAUGAGCGGAUGCUCGUGAGGACAUUUCGAGUGGACAUCAGAUAUCGUUAGCAUAAAAACAUUGAGAAUAGGAGAGCUAGUA